AUGGACAAAGAAAUCGGGUGCGUUCGCAACAAGAUUGCAGACGCAUUCCUCGAGGUGCACCGGGGAAGAUGUGUGAGGACUUGUGCCAGCAGUAGCAGACGGCAUGUUGCUGCGCAAGCUUGGUUUGGGUUGUCUCAAAGCAACCAGGCCUUUUCUCUCCCCUCUGUGCCUGACAACCUCCGUCACCCUGCCCCUCCGUGUUCCCUGUGUGAGGAGGACCAUAUACCAGCAGUAGCAGAUCGCAUGGUGCUGCGCAAGCUGGUUCCAACAGACCGCAUCAUGGUGCUGCGUAAGCUGGCGCAGGACAUGCGCGAGUGGAUACACCGGCGGGUGAGCCAUGGGAUAAGGGGUGAUUGUUAUGGGAUGGUGCCGGUAAGCAAUGGGGGGGGCCGCGAGGAGGGGAGAAGGGGGAUUAGAAAAGACGGAGGGAUAGAGGGUGCUGGCACAGGACAUGCGCGAGUGGCCGGCCUGCGGGUGGGCGAGAGGGGCAGAGAAGGGGGGGAGGGAAUACGGGGGAUAUGGAAGGAAGGGUUAAGAGGCGAUGGGGGGAAGAAGAUGGCAAGGGUUCAGGAACGUGAGGUCUAUGAAGCAGGAUGUAGGGGCUCUCUCCUCUGCUCUUUGUCACCCCAUUCUUCCCCUAACCCUCCCCCCCUCCCCCUGCACGCCUCUUUCCAACGCCUCUUCCCCACUCCUCUCGCCCACACCACUCCACCACACCUACUCCCCACUCCCUCUCUCCUACCCCUCUCCCCCACGCCUUUCCCCCACGCAUUUCCCUCACCCCUCUCUCCCACCUCUUUCCCCCAUGCAUUUUCCUCACCCCCCUCUCCCCCCCCACCCCUUUCCCCCACGCAUUUUGCUCACCCCAUUCCCCCACCCACCCCCUUCCCCCACGCAAUUUUCUCACCCCUCUCCCCGUUCAAGAGGAUGCUGAUUUAA